UUCGACAUUUAUAAGGAUUUUUAAACAUCUCCACGGAACCUUAAAGUAAUUUUUAUCUAAUAUAAAAGCCUAAUAAACACGUUCUCACCGUUUACUCAAAACUUGUCCUCAGUACAAUGAUUGGCUUAAUUUUGAUAUUUUGCGUUUUGUGUUUGGUGCUUCUAAAGUAUAAGAAAUAUCGAAAUAAACAUGAGCUUCCACCGACUUCAACUGAAUUCGUACCCCAAAGCCUUUGGAUGAGACGACUGUGGAACACAACUUCAAAAACGCAUCCAUUACCACCAGCUUUUCCAGGCGCACUGCCCAUUAUUGGACAUCUGCACAAAGGAAUUUCUCUGUCUUCUAAUCUCCUCAAUUUCCUCCAAAUUGUAAGUGAUGAUUGCGUAAAACAAGGCGGCGUUACUGUUUUAAAUCUUGGUCCAGAGUUACAUUACGUGAUAACAGAUCCGCAAGACGCCGCACUGGCAGCAAAAUCAUGUCUCCGGAGGCAUUACUUAAUGGAUUUUGCUAAAGUUUGGCAGGGUAACGGAAUAACAACAUCAUCAGGAGAAACAUGGACCAGUCAUCGCAAGUUGCUCAGCCCAGCAUUCAGCCUGCCGGUGAUCCACAGCUUCUUAGACGUGUUUAACAGUCAGGCCAAGAAACUGAUCGAUGAAUUAGAGCCUUUCGUUGGCAAAGGGCCAUUUGAUCACGGCUCAUAUUUCGUCACAAACAACUUUGAAACGCUUUGUGCUGGUACAUUUGGAAUAGAAAAUGCGAUCAGUAAAAAUCUGGGAGCUACAUAUAUAUCCGCAGCGUACGGGAUGGUAGACCUUCUAAAAGCCAAGGCAUUCAAGGUUUGGCUGCAAAUCGACUUAAUUUACAAACUUGUUGGACUCAAGAAGAAGGAAGAACAAUUAGUCGAAAAUUUACAUUCAUUGGCGAAAACAGUCAUACAAAAGAAAAAACUUGCUAGGGAAAAUGAAGCUUUGUCCAACAAUGUCAAAUCACCAACUUCUGGUUUGCGAUACAAAGGUUUCUUAGAUCUGCUAAUGGACCUAUCAGCAGAUGGUGCUCUCACAGACAUAGAAGUCAGAGACCAAAUUGAAGCAAUUCUCACAACUGGUUUUGAAACUACAGCCACACAGUUGACAUUCACCGUGUUACUGCUGGGAGCACAUCCUGAAAUUCAAGAAAAAAUGGUUAAAGAAUUAGAAGCAGUACUGGGUCGAGACAGAGAUGUAGGAAAGGAUGAUUUGAACAAACUGGUUUACACAAACGCAGUUAUAAUGGAGUCUGUACGAUUGUUCCCAACUAUUCCUAUUAUAUUAAGAUGUGUGGAUCAGGAUGUGAAAUUAAAAAACUUCACGAUGAAUGCAGGCAGUUACUGCAUUUUAUUUCCACUGAUACCUAAUAUUGCAGCCAGAGAAAUGAAAGAAGAUCAGUUCAGACCAGAAAGAUGGCUGGAAGACGAUUUCAACGGCCACCAAGACUUUGCUGGAUUUGGCUUGGGAAAACGUGGUUGUUUAGGUAAAACAUACGCAAUUAUAGCUAUGAAGGUUCUGCUAGCGAAUUUCAUGCGACAGUACCGAGUGCGAGCUGACAUGAGUCAGCUGCAGCUGUCUGCGGACUUCGUGCUCAAACCUGUGUCGGGACACGAGAUCAGCAUUGAACGAAGACAUUCAAAAACUGCUUGAGGAAUGGAGAAAGUGGAUCUGGUUAUAGCUUCACCUGGAAUUUAUAUAGAUGAUUUAGUUUGU